AUGAGAGUACAGGACUGCAGAGCCAGAGAGGACGGUGGACAGCUCACAGGAGCCACGACUGAGGCGGAGAGGAACACAGGCUCUAUGCACACGCACGCCGCACAGGCCAAACAGAGGGACACGCUUCAUGGGAAAGCUAAGGGAUGCAGUCCUCAUAGUGAGAUUAGUCUCAAACAGAAGGACGACGAAGAGGACCAUGAGCAUAAUCUCCUACUGAUCCGAAUAUUCAGCAUGUUCUUUCCUGAAAGCAUGAAUGCUCUGUACGUGUCUGCGCUGCUCUAUUUUCUCCUCCUCGGCUUCUUGCCUCCUACAGGAGCAGAGGAGAGCAACGGAGGAGGGGAGGUGAGGGAGAAGAGAAGCCUACCCUACUGGGGCCUGUGGUCAUCAGACUUUUUCGGGUGGUUGGAGGAGCUGCGAGCCCGAGCAGCUUAUGACGGGAUGGAGGAGCUGGCUCGCACCUUCUGGGCUCACUUUCCCAUCGGCGCAGAGCUGGGCUACGAUAGUCCAGAGCCUGACCCUCAACCUGAGAGAUGA